UUUACCAGAUUUAUUCUUUUUUUUUUUUCUGGAAAGUGCAAGAAAUGAGCAGCUUUCUCUGGGCUCUAUGUUUAUUCUUGGGGAUUGCUGGGGCUAUGGGGCAGGGGUCCCUGCUGGCUGAAGAGGGGCUUCUGAAGGAUGACACCAUCGCCAAUCUGCUGAAGGACGAAGAUGACGUUUUGCAGCCAAAUAAACUUCACGUGCGCUUCAAUGCUCACUUCUCGUCUAACCCCGAUGAGGGUUGUUAUUUGUAUCCAGGGCAGGAUGACUGUUUGCUGAAUUGUAACUACAACACGAGUUCAAAGACCUUCAUCGUCAUCCAUGGAUGGACUAUGAGCGGGCUGUUCGAGAGCUGGCUACACAAACUGGUGUUCGCGCUCCAGGAAAGAGAGCAAGACGCCAACAUCAUUGUAGUGGACUGGAUUUUUCUUGCGCAUCAACUGUACCCCGAUGCUGUGAAUAACACGAAGGCGGUUGGGCAGGACAUCGCGAUCCUGAUGAACUGGCUACAGGAAAAGGCGAACCUAUCCCUCGAAAACGUUCAUCUCAUCGGCUACAGUCUCGGCGCUCAUGUUGCGGGCUUUGCUGGGAAUUACGUCAAUGGCAAAAUUGGACGGAUUACAGGGCUGGAUCCAGCAGGGCCCAUGUUUGAGGGAGUGGAACCACACAAACGUCUGUCACCGGAUGAUGCUGAUUUUGUUGAUGUCCUCCAUACUUACACUAGAGAAGCUUUAGGGGUCAGCAUUGGGAUCCAGAUGCCGAUUGGCCAUAUGGACAUAUAUCCCAACGGAGGAGACUUUCAACCGGGAUGCGGCUUAAGUGAUGUCAUUGGGGCAAUCGCCUAUGGAAGUAUCGGAGAAGCCGUUAAAUGCGAACACGAAAGAUCUGUGCAUCUGUUUGUGGAUUCUCUCAUUAAUAAAGACAAGGAGAGCUUUGCUUUCCAGUGCACCGAUCCCACGCGCUUCAAAAAAGGCAUCUGUCUGAGCUGUCGCAAGAACCGGUGCAACGCCAUCGGCUACAACGCAAAGAGAAUGCGGACCAAAAAGAACAUCAAAAUGUACUUGAAAACCAGAGCGCAGAUGCCAUACAAAGUUUUCCAUUAUCAAUUGAAAAUGCACAUUUUCAAGUAUAAAGAAGAUGAGGAAAAUGAGCCGACGUUCUCAGUCACCCUUAUUGGAACAAACAACGAUUCCGUCCCGCUUCCUCUUACAGUACCUGAGCAGAUCGGAUACAACUUUACAAACACGUUCCUGGUCUACACAGAGAAUGAUAUUGGUGAUCUCCUGAAAAUUAAGCUGAAAUGGGAAGGAUCCAAGCAGACGUGGUAUUCAUUCUGGAGCUCCUUACAGACCUACUGGUCCAAGACUCCGACCCUCGAACAGGAACUGCAUGUUAGACGUAUACGGGUCAAGUCUGGAGAGACCCAGCAGAAGUUUACUUUCUGUCUUGAAGAAUUUAACGAGAGUCUUAUAACCCCUGGCAGCGAGCUGGUGUUCUCCAAGUGCAAAGACGGCUGGGAGGUAAAGAAACACAAAAGGGUAAAUUUGGUCUCUUAGAGAACUCUGCUGCUGCUUUAACUAAACAAA